GGAGAGAAAUUUUAGUGAUAAUAUCAUUGAAACUCAUCUUUGAUCAAAAUAAUUGAAACGAGCUUGCUGUUUUAUUAACGUAAUAAAUAUAAUAACAAUAUUUUUCCAAAAUUCUCUUUUAAGUAAGUUUUUGUUUUGUUUAUUAUAUGCAAAUUUAGGAAAAGGGAGUCUCUAUUACACGUAGGGAUAAACAAAGCACAUUUAAUUAGUCUCUUAAUAAGUUUUAGAGGAAUGAUAUGAAACCCUGAACAAGAUCUAACAGGUUUUGAACAUGACCCACCCCCCUCCUUCCGUUCUGAUCAGGUUUGAACAAGGAACUAGCAGACUGAUCGUGUUUUUCCAAAGAAUGCACUUCGAAACAUGUGCAGUUUGGAGUUGAACUAGUAGUUUGCUUCUUUUAGAUUUAUUCAUUGGCUGUUUAUAUUUCAUUCAAAAAAGUUGGCAACAGGACUCAGAAAUUUUAUACAUAUAUAACCAUUUCGAAGUCACGAAACAUUUAUAAGAACGUAUGCUUUAAACUUCAAAUAGUAUCCAUCGAAGUCUGAGAAUAUAUUUCAUAAUGGCUGGAGUUGAAAGUUCAGAAAAUACGGCAAUGAAGCGAAAAUAUGAUGAAAACGAUGAAUGCAAGUACGUUGGACAUAAAAAUGGAAAAUUUCAGAGAGACAGUAUCCCAGAACAUGUAUAUCCUCUUGGCAACCAUCUGUUUCUGACUUUGAAUGCUUACAAGAGGAAAGUAAAGAUCCAUAUAAGAACCAAUAAACUUCACCGUGAGAUGUAUUAUCCCUCCAAAGAUGGUGUUACUCUAGAAAUAGCCCAGUUUAAUGUGUUGAGCAAAACAUAUGUGCCUCCGAUGUCGGUAUUUGAUGUUGUUGAUAUUAACAUGAAAUUGGAUGCUUCAGAUCGAGAUGAAAGAGAUACCUACUACGUCCAAAUGCAAGAAGAUAAAUAUUUCACAUUAUCUCAUGAGUAUCAGUGCCGAAGCGGUCGAAUUUAUAGAUCUACUGUCGAAAUAGAUUCAGUGCAAUGGUCACAACUCGGUCAAGUGCGCGACACAGUGAUUUGUAAUUAUAUUAAUUUAAAAUACAACACCGUCAAGUUUAAUGAACUGUUCAAACGACACACGUCAUGUAAUGUUCUCAAAAAAGUGUCUGACGAAAGCAUCGAAAGAUUAACCUCGUCAUCCAUGACUCGUGUCCUAAGGAAUAUUGUGAACAAUCAUAUUUCUCUAGAAAAAGGACUAAAAACUAUACGAAGAACAGACGAACUCCCAGAAAUCGAAGAAAUUAACACAGUUUAUGAUUUUUAUGAAUCGUGCUUAAACCUGAACACAGUAAGUAUAGUUACUGACUUUGAAAAGGCGUUGAAAAAGGAAAUAUUUUUUCCUACAAAGUAUCCAUUUCCCUUAAUUGACUAUAUAAACGAACAAUAUCUGAAUACUGUUAAUAUAUUUGAAUUGAUAAUGCUUGCAAAAAUUGAUUUUUGUUCAUUAGAUGGCAUCAGUGUUUAGUUCAAUAAAUAUUAUGUGAUGUGUA